GGAAUAAGUGUUAUCUUUAACGUUGCACUGGGAUUAUUAAAAACUACCAAGGAUGAUUUGUUGCUAACUGACUUUGAAGGAGCUUUAAAAUUCUUCCGUGUGCAGCUGCCCAAGAGAUACCGUUCAGAGGAAAAUGCAAAAAAGCUGAUGGAGUUAGCAUGUAAUAUGAAGAUUAGUCAGAAGAAGCUGAAGAAAUAUGAAAAGGAGUAUCAUACCAUGAGAGAGCAGCAAGCUCAACAGGAGGAUCCUAUAGAAAGAUAUGAGCGUGAUAACCGGCGCCUACAAGAAGCAAACAUGAGGCUUGAGCAAGAAAAUGAUGAUCUUGCACAUGAACUAGUGACCAGCAAGAUUGCUCUGCGAAAGGAUUUAGAUAAUGCAGAGGAAAAGGCAGAUGCUCUGAAUAAAGAACUGCUAAUGACCAAACAGAAGUUGAUUGAUGCAGAAGAAGAAAAGAGGCGCCUGGAAGAAGAGUCAGCUCAGCUGAAGGAAAUGUGUCGUAGGGAACUAGAUAAGGCAGAGUCAGAGAUCAAAAAGAACAGCUCUAUUAUUGGUGACUAUAAACAGAUUUGUUCCCAGCUGAGUGAGCGACUGGAAAAGCAACAAACAGCAAAUAAAGCUGAAAUUGAGAAAAUACGGCAAAAAGUGGAUGACUGUGAACAUUGCCGGGAGUUCUUCAAUAAAGAAGGCCGUGUGAAGGUUGACAGUUCUGCCAAGGAGGGUUCAGAUGAGGACACGGAUGAGGAGAAGGAAACUCUGAAAAACCAACUGAGGGAAAUGGAGCUUGAGCUGGCCCAGACCAAACUGCAGCUAGUGGAAGCGGAGUGUAAAAUACAGGAUUUGGAGCACCAUUUGGGUCUGGCAUUGAAUGAGGUACAAGCUGCAAAGAAAACAUGGUUCAACAGAACAAUAAGCUCUAUAAAAACAGUGACUGGAGUCCAAGGAAAAGAGACUUGUUGAAAAGCAGAACUCUGUCAAACACACCUUCUUAACACAACACCUUUUGUUGCCUUCCUUGGCCAGAUGUUUAAUUCUGUGACAUGAGAGGACCAGAAUGUAAAUAAGAUAGAAACACAGCAUGUCAGGAUUCUAUAGGUCAGUGAUAAAGAGGAUGGAAACACAAAAAAAAGGCUUUAUUGCUAGACACGGGAUCUUCAUACUACUGAUAUUUAACAGGUGUUGUAGCUAGAUUGAAGCUCUUCAGAGAAACACUCCAUUCUGCGGUCUGGCUGGAGGCUUUUCACAGACUAGGUACGAGAACUUACCAAACCCUAAUUGUUAAGUUUACAUAUGAUAGGUUUUUUUACAGUUAUAACCUUUUUUAAUAUUUUAUUUGAAAGGAAAAGUGUCACUAACAAAGCAAAAAAAAAAAAAAAGAAAAAAGAAAAAAAAAAGAAAAAUAGAAAAAAAAGAGAAAACUUUAGCAAGAACUACAUCAGUGCCAGAAAGCAGUCCCCAGAGGUAGGAUAUGGAGAGUAGGAGGUGACAUGUUUUGCUUUAUGAAUGGGGAUGAUUUCAGCAUUCCUGUUGGAGCAACCCCACUUUGUUUUAGUAGAUGCAGCAUCCAUCUCUCAGUGUUUGGCAUUUCUUUCUGUUACUAAUCAAUUCUAUGCAACUCUGGGCUUUUUUGGCAUGGGCUGCCAAACAAAUUCACAACCUGAGGUUGGGAGCUUUGUCUAAGUGCUAGACGAGAAUAAUCAGAAUUCUUGGCAAAUUUCUGUUUCACUUUGGUGUCGUGUUGUUAGUUCCACACAUCAACGGCAUUAAAACCCCCGACACCAGGACUGCUAAAAAGUACUAAUUAUGUGGAUGAUCUGACAUUUAAGUAAGUCUUUUUGUUUGUUUUUUGUCGGGUUUUUUGUUUUGUUUUUGUUUGGUUUUUACCCAGCUGUAGCAGGCCUUCUGUGAAGCUCUGAGAAAGCUUCCAGGAUUUAGUUUUGCACAUAGGUAUGAAUGGGACAAAGAAACAGUAAACUGAGAUAUAUAUGAGGCAAAAUCACUGCGUGAGUGUAGCUGCGAGGAUCUAUAGCUGUCCAACUGGCUUCCCUGGUAACAUGUUCAGAGGUUGUGUAGGUCGUUUUCCACACUCGAUGCAGUUGCACUAAUAGGUGCUAAACAUGCUUGGAUUUCUUAUCCGUUGGAUUGUCUUGAGUUCUCACCAGAAAGCUGUAGAAUGGAGUUUUGCACCUUGUAAUUUUUUUUUUAAUUUAUAAUGGUUUGUGUUAUGCCGAAGUAUCUAUUGCAUCAGUGGAUAAAUUUUGUGUGCAGUGUGAGUAUAAGCUGGUAACAAUAAGAGGCACUGGUUUGUAUAUAAAGAUAUUUGGUUUAUUUUGUAUUUCUACCUUUUUCUUGUUUACUGUACUAAUGCUAGCUAAUGUACUCUGUAACUACAGAAUAGAACAUGCUAUGUCCAAGCUUUUUUCCUUAACUGCAUACAUUAUCUCUAUUGUUUAAUACCAAAAAAAUACUGUAACUCCAUCAAUAUUAGAUGCGUGGACAUUGUGGUAGCAUAGUUGCAGUGUGUAUACUUUAUGAAUUGAAAUAUAAACUAGUAAAAUUGUAUAACUA